GCAGGAGGCAGAGACCCCGAGACCCUAGCCGCCCGGCGCCGCGGGCCGGGCCCUGAGGAGGCCCCAGGAGAGGCAUCUUCCCCGCGGGAGUCGCCGGUGCGGGGGUGGCCGCGACCGCACCGUUCGAGAAGGAGGACGAGGAGGAAGCGGCGUUGCCUGCCGGCCGAGAGGAAGCGCUCCACCCGGGCCCCCGAAGGCGCUCGUUUAACCACAUCCGCGCCUCCGCUGGAAACGUUUACAGGCGUCUGUCACCCGUUCCCUCCAUUUUGAAAGGGAAAAAAGGCUCUCCCCUUCCCUACUCCUAGGAGCUGGAGCCAGAGGAGCCGCGCUCAUGGCGUUCAGCCCUUGGCAGAUCCUGUCCCCAGUGCAGUGGGCGAAAUGGACCUGGUCCGCGGUGCGCGGCGGGGGCGCCGGAGAGGACGAGGCCGGAGGGCCAGAGGGCGACCCCGAGGAGGAGGACUCGCAAGCCGAGACCAAAUCCUUGAGUUUCAGCUCGGAUUCUGAAGGUAAUUUUGAGACCCCUGAAGCUGAAACACCAAUCAGAUCGCCUCUCAAGGAAUCCUGUGAUUCAUCCCUAGGAUUGGCAGGACCAGGGGCCAAAACCCAAGAAUCACAAGAAGCUGAUGAACAGCUGGUAGCAGAAGUGGUUGAAAAAUGUUCAUCUGAGACUUGCUCUAGAACCUCAGAAAAUGAGGUAGUACAGCAGGCUGGUGAUUCUUACGCAAUCAAGGAUUUCAAAGAAGAACCUGAACAUGAGAGUAGCAAAAUUUCAGUAGUGAGGCCAUUUUCAAUAGAAAACAAGAAUGUCACGGAUAUCCCAGCAGCUCUAGGAACAAAGGCCGCUUAUGGCUGUGUAACUGUGGUCUUGGGUGAGGCUUUGCCCUCCAGCGUACCAGAAGCCAUCCUGGACAAGGCAAUGACAGAAGGCACCAUGGGGGUUGCACUGGAGGCUUCCACAGAAGUUGACCUAAAGGCUGGCAGCUCCUGUCCAGAGCCUGUUACCAACAGAAGCAGGCUAAGAAAACCCAAACCCGUCUCUCUGAGGAAGAAGACAAUUGGCGAAUUCUUAGAGACUGAUACUGCCCUGGAAGGCACGUCUCUCCCCCAGGCAUCCUAUCAGUUCUGUCCCAAUGAGAUGGAUGGGAACACAAAUCCUUUGCUAGGAGGUGCCAGGAUCCAGAAAUCUCCCCCUGAUAUGAAGGAAACAGCGAGCGCUCCCUGCAGUGACACCAACGAUUCAGGAGUUGAGUUGCUGGAGGAGUCAAGGAACUCACCUCUGAAACUAGAGUUUGAUUUCACAGAAGACGUGGAAAAUGUAGAGUCCAGGAAGGGCCUUCCAAGGAAGCUUGGCAGGAAACUGGGUAGCAAACUGCCUCCCAAGGUACAGAAAGAUAGCGUUAGUAAGCCGCUGGGCGCCAAAGGUGUGGACCCGCUUGCAGAGCCCACUGUACACAGUGCUCCUCCUUCCCAGGCAUCAGCUAAGUUGGAUCCCAGCCAGUGGGACCACCACAACGUCAAUCCCUUUGGGGGCCACUCUACUCUACAGAGCUCCCCCCCUCUCUCCUCUAAGGGCUCCUACCACUUUGAUGAAUCCAUGGAUCCCUUUAAACCAACUACAACAUUAGCAAGCAGUGACUUUUGUUCUCCCGCCGGUAAUCUUACUAAUGAAAUCUUAGAAUCACCCAAGAAGGCAAAGUCGCGUUUAAUAACGACUACUGAACAAGUGAAAUUUCUCUGUUUUCUGUUGAGUGGCUGUAAGGUGAAGAAAUAUGAAACACAGUCUCUUGCUUUGGAUGGGUGUUCUCAGGAUGAAGGAGCAGUGAUUUCCCAGAUUUCAGACAUUUCUAAUAGGGAUGGCCACGCUACUGAUGAGGAGAAACUGGCGUCCACUUCAUCUGGUCAGAAAUCAGCUGGGGCCGAGGUGAAAGGUGAGCCAGAGGAAGACCUGGAGUACUUUGAAUGUUCCAAUGUUCCUGUGUCUACCAUAAAUCAUGCGUUUUCAUCCUCAGAAGCAGGCGUAGAGAAAGAGACCUGCCAGAAGAUGGAAAAAGAUGGAUCUGCCAUGACCGGACUGUUGGAGUCCUCUUUGGAGAAGGCCCCCGUGUCUGUGGCCUGUGGAGGAGAGAGCCCCUUGGAUGGCAUCUGCCUCAGUGAAUCAGAUAAGACAGCUGUGCUCACCCUCAUCAGAGAAGAGAUAAUCACUAAGGAAAUUGAAGCAAAUGAAUGGAAGAAAAAAUACGAAGAAACCCGACAAGAAGUCUUGGAGAUGAGGAAAAUUGUGGCUGAAUAUGAAAAGACCAUUGCUCAAAUGAUUGAAGAUGAACAGAGGACAACUAUGACCUCUCAGAAAAGCUUCCAGCAACUGACCAUGGAGAAGGAGCAGGCCCUGGCUGACCUUAAUUCUGUGGAAAGGUCCCUUUCUGAUCUCUUCAGGAGAUACGAGAACCUGAAAGGUGUUCUGGAAGGGUUCAAGAAGAAUGAAGAAGCCUUGAAAAAAUGUGCUCAGGAUUACUUAGCCAGAGUUAAACAAGAGGAACAGCGAUACCAGGCUCUGAAGAUCCACGCAGAAGAAAAACUAGACAAAGCCAAUGAAGAGAUUGCUCAGGUUCGAACAAAAGCAAAGGCUGAGAGUGCAGCUCUCCAUGCCGGACUCCGGAAGGAGCAGAUGAAGGUUGAGUCCCUGGAAAGAGCCCUUCAGCAGAAGAACCAAGAAAUCGAGGAACUAACGAAAAUCUGCGACGAGCUGAUUGCAAAGCUGGGGAAGACAGACUGAGUUCCCCCCCGUUAGCUCAGCAGAUCUGCAUUUGGCUGCUUUUCUAUUAACCACAGUUAUCUUGCCUUAUCCAGGAAUAAUUGUCCCUUUGCAGAGAAAAAAAAAAAAAAA